AGGUCCCUCCUACUCUCGCUGCUCCGUCGUGCAGAGGAGGGGCUGAGGACGAGGAAGCCGAAGCAGGAAGGAAGGCAGGCGUAAGGCUCGGGAGGGCAGGCUGUGAAUGCUAACAAGCCCCGUUUCGGUGGCUCCGAUGGUCGGCUGCUUUCACUAAACAUCUUCCAAUGAAGAGAACCGGGCCGCGCAGUUAGACAGCGACUAUGCGCCAGCGCCGCUGUCACCCAACGCGCACGCAGCUGCCUCACUCUUCGGCACGUUUGAUCCAGCAUUGAGAAAAAUUAGCGUCGUUUUCCUCCGAGUGAAAUGCGUCCUUACUGCUUGGGACUUGUAUUGUGACAAUGGAGAUUGAAAAUAUCGUCGCCAACACGGUUCUGCUGAAGGCAAGAGAAGGUGGAGGAGGGAAGAGGAACGGUCGCAGUAAGAAAUGGAAGGAGAUGCUCAAACUCCCCCACAUCAGCCAGUGUGAGGAGCUGCGCCGCACUAUCGAGCGCGACUACACCAGUCUCUGUGAGAAGCAGCCCAUUGGUCGGCUCUUAUUCCGUCAGUACUGUGACACCAGGCCGGAGCUGAAGCGUUGCAUUGAUUUCAUGGACGCUGUGGCCAUGUACCAGCUAGCGCCUGAUGAGAAGAGGAGAGACUGUGGGCUGAAUGUUUUAGACACAUACUUUAACAAUGGGUCGGCAGCCCAUCUGCCCGACAUUCCCCAGGAUGUGAUGGCCGGGUGCCGGGAGCGGCUGGAGCAGAGUCCAUGUAAGGAGCUCUUCAACGACUGCACCAAAAUAGUUCGUGAUUAUCUGAGUGGAGCUCCAUUUUCCUCCUACCAAGAGUCCAUGUACUUCUCUCGCUUUCUGCAGUGGAAAUGGUUGGAGAGGCAACCAGUAACCAAAAAUACCUUCAGACAUUACAGAGUACUAGGAAAAGGUGGAUUUGGUGAGGUUUGUGCCUGCCAAGUACGUGCCACCGGUAAGAUGUACGCCUGUAAAAAGCUGGAAAAAAAACGAGUGAAGAAGAGAAAAGGUGAAGCAAUGGCACUGAACGAAAAACGCAUUUUAGAAAAAGUUAACAGUAGUUUUGUAGUUAGUUUAGCUUAUGCCUAUGAGACCAAGGAUGCGCUGUGCCUGGUGUUAACCAUUAUGAAUGGCGGCGACUUAAAAUUUCAUAUCUACAACAUGGGCAACUCAGGCUUUGACGAACAGAGGGCCAUUUUCUAUGCUGCUGAGAUCUGCUGUGGCCUUGAGGACCUGCACCGUGAGAGGAUAGUCUACAGAGAUUUGAAACCUGAAAACAUUCUUCUGGAUGAUCGCGGACAUAUCCGGAUUUCGGACCUGGGACUUGCCGUACAAAUCCCAGAAGGAGAGACGAUACGAGGGCGAGUGGGUACAGUCGGCUACAUGGCUCCGGAGGUGAUACAGAACGAAAGCUACACGUUCAGCCCGGACUGGUGGGGGCUGGGUUGCCUCAUCUUCGAGAUGAUCCAAGGGCAGUCGCCGUUCCGUAAGCGCAAGGAGCGGGUGAAGAGGGAGGAAGUGGACAGACGAGUGCGAGAGGAUCAGGAGGAAUAUUCUGACAAAUUCUCAGAGGAGGCCAAGGACAUCUGCAGACAGCUUCUAGCAAAGGAUCCCAAGAACCGACUUGGCUGUCAAGGUCACGGGGCCACAGAGGUCAAGCAGCACCCCAUUUUCCGAAACAUCAACUUCAAACGGUUGGAGGCCAACAUGCUGGACCCGCCCUUCAGCCCUGAUCCACGAGCCGUUUACUGUAAAGACGUCCUGGAUAUUGAGCAGUUCUCCACAGUCAAAGGGGUGAACCUUGACCCCACAGAUGACGACUUCUACCACAAGUUUGUCACAGGCAGUGUCUCCAUCCCCUGGCAGAACGAGAUGAUCGAGAUGGAAUGCUUCAAAGAAAUCAAUGUCUACGAAACAGAUGGAACACUCUGCCCAGACCUGGACAUGAACCGGCCGAACCCUCCACCAAAGAGAGGCUUCUUCUACCGCCUCUUCAGAAGAGAGGUGUGUUUCAAGAGCGGCUACAGCGACGAUGAGACGGAAGAGCCCUCGCGACUUUGAACCACUCCCUCCACCUGUUUCUGCUCCCACAAACUCCAGCCGAGUGCAAAUCUUAGAAACUCAGUGAAUGUUGACCUGUAUUUAUGAGCUGUAUUAAAAGUGUAUUAUAAUUCAAGAAAAAAGUGAGUUUAAAGAUUUUGUACAUUUGUACUUGAAUUUAUGUCUAGAUGUAUAUUUUCACUAAAGGUUGUAUUGUACAAAAAGCCAUAAAAGUACCACUUGAAUGCAUACAUGACUUUUUUUUCUGUUUUUUACAUUUCUUGUCUUUUUUUUUCCUUCUUUUUGGGGGUGGGGAGGUUUUUUUUUAAGAAGCACAGUAAUUGUCUUUUUUUUAUGUAGCAUACUGCAUUUUGUCUGUUUUUGCUUUCGAUUUGGUCACUGUGACUUCGCACAUCUGUCCCAUGGUAGCCCCCUCUACAGGGUUGAUAUGAAUCAGAUGGAAAGUAAAUCCAUUCUGUCCAUUGCUGCUCCACCUGUUCUCUUUUUCUUUUUUUGUGAAAGCCUGGCCUGUAAUUGCAUCUGAAAAAGCCCCAUUAUUUUGUAUUAGUUGUACACAGCCGGUCAGUCACAUCAUGGAGGUAUAUAUAUAUAUAUAUAUAUAUAUAUAUAUAUAUAUAUAUAUAUAUAUAUAUAUAUAAUCCUGUUGUUUUAAAUGUCUGUUACAGUUUCCACUCAUGCAGGGACUCUUUCCAUUGUCCAGCAAUUCUUUCAAAAUUUAGUCUGUCAAAGUUGACACUAGUUGACAAGAGUGAAAAUGUUGGGAACGCCGCCACUUUGAAAUCAAAUUCUGCUCAACACCUUUAAAUCUCAAGAUGAGCUUAUGGAUGAGAAGAACCAGGCGCUGUGUACAAGAGCACCUGCCCACCUGUAGGACCAUUUUUUUUCACCGCCAUUGUUUUGCUUGCCUUCUAUAUGAGAUUAGGGUUGGUCCUGAUCAGUGCUUUUUUUUUCUCUGUUUCUGCGGCAGUUUAAGCUAUUUGACUUAGAGGAAGUCACUGUUUACUCCCCUCACAUGUUUUUAAUGCUGUGAAUACCCAGUCUGGACAUGUGUACAUAGUAAAGUUAGGAAUCAAGUUCUUCUUUUCUCCAAAACCUUCUCAAGUGUCUGCCUUGGUCUGUUGGGUCGUCAUGUUUGAACUUGAAUGUCACUCCGCUGAAGUUCUCUCGUAUGCAUGUGUGAGAUGGUACACAUCGUUUCCCAUCCAGCCCAGAGCUCUUCUUGCAAACAUGAUUUCCUGUUGCACAUUCCUUCGCCCAGAUCAGGAAUCGAUCAUCUUGCUUUCGCCGACUUGAUUUCUCAGUGUCUUUUUAAUUUCACUCUCAGGCACAUUUUGGAAGCGGAGUUUUCUUGCCUUUGUAGAUUUUAGUCUUUUAGCCUCAAAAUCCUUGUAAAUGAUGUUAACAUGUAACUAAGCUCAAACCCUUUGCAAAGAAGCCGUUUGUCACGCCUGUUUAUUACCCUACAGCAUCUAUCUUUUUCCUUCAUUGCACUAUGGUGUGUUUUGACAAUGACCAGAGGUAGUGUCUUCUUAACCUUUUGCCAAUGAUACCAAAAGCAACACUUAGUGAAUCAAAUGUUUAUUAGCGAGGAACGACUGACAGCCUUUAUUGUGCCAACUUCAUUUGUGACAUCACACUUUUGCUCCUUCCGUCCAUUCUCCGAUUUUAUUUAACAUUGAGGAACUUGGACUUGCAGUUUUUGAAUGUCCGCACUAAGUGCAUUGUAACACCUAAAAUGAAAUACAUAUGUCUUAUUACUCAAGCAUGUAUUGAUUUGUAAUAUUUCAGGUUCCUUGUAUAUGUAAAUGAUGACCUACUAGUGCCAACAUAUCUCACUGGUAUCUGAAGACAACUUAAUCAAUGGUGAAAUGACCAGUGGAGCGAGCCCUGUUUGAAUACUUCAUUUUUCAUUUGACUGUGUGUCAGGCGGUGACAGGAACCUGCUGUAGAGGACAAAAAAAAAAAAAGAA